AUACCAUAAUUAUAUAUAUAUAAUUAUAUCAGAUUAUAUUAAUGACAUAGAAAAGAAUAAAGUAAUAUUAAUAUUUAAUAGUUAGCUUCAACAAAUAUUAAAAUGUCGUGUACCCAUUGUAGCACUAAGUUUAAUUUUUUUCAUAAAGAGUUGGGCUGUUCAAAUUGUGGGAUUUCAUUAUGCAGUAAUUGUUUGAAGCAAAAAUGUAUUAUACCAUCAAAAGGCAGUGGCUUAUUUAAAGUUUGUAAUCCAUGUUACAAAAAACUAACUACUGAGGCUAACACCAGCAAUGUUAUUUAUCCUCCAGAUAAGUACUUAAAACGUUUAGAAAACUUAGAGAAUCCAGCAGCCCCUCCCAUAACAGUAUAUAAGGAUGAUCCUCGAUUGAGCAAACUAAAGGAUGGUUUGUCAUCUGCUGAUCAAGACAUUGCUGAUAGAUUAGCAAAACUCAAAGAAAAGCAGACAGUUCCUCCAUCUGAUACUGAAAUAAGAGAAAGACUUGCAAAAUUAAAAGGGAGUAAUAUUGACUUUUCAAAAGAAACAAAAUUGAAUUAUGCUCCUGAUAUGAGAUCUGACCAAGAAAAAGUAGACUCAUUACUUGAAGAAUUUGGAUCAGAAAUCAACAUUAACAAGUUUUACGAUCCAUCUAAUGAUUUAAUCCAAAGAUUGGUAGCUCUAAAAGGAGAAAAAACAAAAGAACCUGAACCCAAAAUUACUUAUGAUGCUGAUAUAGACUCAGAAGAAGAAAUUGAUAAAAUUACAAGAAAGAUUGUUGGUGAAGUAUCUUUGGAUGAGAGAUGUCCUAUAGAUACAUUUAAAAAAUCAACAGAUGAUGAUUUAAGAUCUUCCCCAGAAUUACCUUGGUGUGUUAUUUGUAAUAAUGAUGCUGUAUACAGGUGUUUAGACUGCAGUAAUGAUCUUUACUGUAGCUCCUGUAAUACAGAAAUUCAUAAGUCUUGGGGAGAAACUGACCAUAAAAUUGUACCUUAUAAACAGGGAAGUGAUCCUAUUGUUCCAUAAUUUAAAAGAAAAA